AUGGGACUGGGAGUGGGUCAAGUCGUGCACCACGAAGACCCAAGGAGAGUUCGUAUCGGUAGCGGGAUCAUCAAGGUACUUUCCACCUCUGCCCCGCCUUCGUGUGAUACUCACAAGUACGAGGCUGGACUUGUUCUGCAGAUUGUGCUGUUUCUUUUAUUUGUCGUGGUCGCCGUACGCUUCCAUUCCAAUACCCACAAAGCAAAGCUCGCUGGACGCUGGACCACAGUCCUCUACGUCCUUUAUACUUCUGCCUUUGUGAUCUCGGUCCGGUGCCUCUACCGUGUUGUGGAGUAUUGGAUGGGAACGACUAGUCCUCUCUAUCGACUGGAGGUCUACUUCCAAAUCUUCGAAGCUUCUUUAAUGCUCAUCAACGUGCUUGUUCUCAAUAUCUGGCACCCUGGUCGCUACCUCCCCAAGUCGAACAAGGUCUUCCUCAAUGAGAAUGGUCAGGAGGAGUCAACAGAGCGAGGAGGAUGGGAAGAUAAUCGUCCGUUCAUUCACACGCUCGUCGACCCCUUCAAUAUCAGGGGUCUUCUUCGCGAGCGUCGAGAGAAGAAGAAGGCAGAAUUUCAUCAGCUCACAGAGAGGACACAGAUCUCUGAAACAUUCAUUCAUCGCUCCGCUAUGACUGCCUGUGAUUCCGACAGCCCCUUCUGGUGCUAUAAAGUUAACAGGCCAGCUGCUUACUGGUUCUUGGCCGCGUAUUUCCUCAACGCCCUCGGGCAUCUCUACCAGGCAAGGCGUUAUAGGGCCAAAUAUGCGAUCCCUUUGGUUGUUGGCUCCACAUUUACGACGAUUGGAUUCGCUUUCAAAAUCUGGUCGUCGUACUAUCCCAAGAAUCUUGGUGCCUGGAUCACAGCCGUUAUUCUUUUAUUUACCGCGCCUCCAAUUUAUAGUGCAGCGGAUUAUUUCAUCUUUGCAAAGACUUUACAUUAUGUCCCUAGCCAGGCUCCCAUGCAUCCAGGACGAGUCGUCACCACCUUUGUCGCCUUUGAUGGCUUUUGCGAGAUGCUUAUGGGCACAGGGGUCGGUCAAGUCGUGAACUAUGAUAACCCGACCAAGGUUCGCAUUGGUAGCGGGCUCAUCAAGGCUGGGCUUCUUCUGCAAAUUGUGCUAUUUCUCUUAUUCGUCAUGGUUGCAGCUCGUUUCCAUUCGAAUGUUCGCAAAGCAAAGCUUGUGGGACGCUGGACCACAGUCCUCUACGUCCUUUAUACUUCUGCCUUUGUGAUCUCGGUCCGGUGCCUCUACCGUGUUGUGGAGUAUUGGAUGGGAACGACUGGUCCUCUUUAUCGACUGGAGGUCUACUUCCAAAUCUUUGAAGCUACUCUAAUGCUCAUCAAUGUACUUGUUCUCAACAUCUGGCACCCUGGUCGCUACCUCCCCAAGUCGAACAAGAUCUUCCUCAACGAGAAUGGCCAGGAGGAAUCUACCGACCGCGGAGGAUGGGACGACAAUCGUCCGUUCAUCCAGACGCUCCUCGACCCCUUCAACAUCCAAGGUCUCAUUCGCGCACGUCGGGAGAAGAAGCAGGAGGCUGAUUCUCAUCCGCUCGAAGAGAAGCAGACCUCUGUGUGA